GCUCCAUACUGUCUGCUUCCACACCAGGAGAGACUUCAGUUGCUUGGACCUAAAUCCUGUCUGCUCAUUCCUACAGCUGGCUCCAGAGAGCACUCCCCCUAGAGCUGUAAGGCAAAACUUCAUCUCCAGGUGCAAUGCCUUGCCCAUCGAGAUCGGAUGAGCUGGUUUUCUUUGUGAACGGGAGGAAGGUGAUUGAGAGGAAUGCAGACCCAGAAGUCACUCUGUUGAGCUUCCUAAGAAAGAACUUGCGCCUCACAGGAACCAAGUACGCCUGCGGAAGAGGAGGCUGCGGUGCCUGCACGGUGAUGGUGUCUAAGCGAGACCCCACGUCCCAGGAGAUAAGACACUUCUCUGUCACUGCCUGCCUGGUGCCCAUCUGCUCUCUGUAUGGGGCUGCUGUCACCACUGUGGAAGGUGUUGGAAGCAUCAAAACCAGGCUUCACCCCGUGCAGGAGAGGAUUGCCAAGAGCCACGGUACCCAGUGCGGCUUCUGCACCCCUGGGAUGGUGAUGUCCAUGUACACACUGCUGAGGAACCACCCACAGCCCUCUGAGGAGCAACUUCUGGAAGCCCUGGCGGGUAACCUAUGCCGCUGCACUGGGUAUCGGCCAAUUCUCGCAAGCGGGAAGACCUUUUGUUUGGAGUCAAAUGGCUGUCAACAGAAAGGAACAGGAAAAUGCUGCCUGGAUCUGGGAGAAAAUGAUUCUUCUUCGCUUGGCAGGAAAAGUGAUAUUUGCACAGAGUUAUUUGUGAAAGAGGAGUUCCAGCCCUUGGACCCUACCCAGGAGCUCAUAUUUCCUCCGGAACUCUUGAGAAUGGCAGAGGACCCCGAAAAGCGAACCCUGACCUUUCAUGGAGAGAGGGUUACUUGGAUCUCCCCUGGGACCUUCAAAGACCUCCUGGAGCUGAAAGCAAAACACCCAGAAGCCCCGCUCAUCCUGGGCAACACAUCGCUGGGACCUGCCAUGAGAUCUAAAGGACAUUUUCACCCAAUUCUCCUCUCUCCUGCUAGGAUUUCUGAGCUGAAUGUGGUAUCUAAAACAAACGAUGGACUGACAAUAGGUGCUGGCUGCAGCCUGGCCCACGUCAAGGACAUCUUGGCUGAGAGGGUCUCCGAACUCCCAGAGGAGAAGACCCAGACGUACCGAGCGCUGCUGAAGCACCUGAAGAGUCUGGCCGGCCAGCAGAUCCGGAACAUGGCUUCCUUAGGGGGUCAUAUUAUAAGCCGGCACAGCUACUCAGAUCUGAACCCAAUUCUGGCUGUGGGCAACACUACCCUCAAUCUGACAUCAGAAGAAGGCACACGGCGGAUUCCUCUAAGUGAACAUUUUCUUGCUGGGUUGGCAAGUGCAGACCUGAAGCCAGAGGAAAUUUUGGAGUCUGUGUAUAUUCCUCACUCUCAAAAGUGGGAAUUCGUGUCAGCCUUCCGACAGGCUCAGUGCCAGCACAACGCCUUGCCCGACGUGAAUGCCGGCAUGCGAGUCCUCUUCAAAGAGGGCACAGACAUCAUCGAGGACCUGAGCAUCACCUACGGAGGGGUCGGGGCUGCCACAGUCAGUGCACAUAAGUCCUGCCAGCAGCUCCUAGGGAGGCAGUGGGAUGAGCUGAUGCUGGAUGAAGCUUGCAGGCGGCUCCUGGAUGAAGUCUCCCUCCCAGGCUGGGCUCCAGGUGGGAGGGUGGAAUUCAAGAGGACUCUGGUAGUCAGCUUCUUCUUCAAGUUCUACCUACAAGUUCUGCAGGAACUGAAGAAGCUCAUAAAGCCGUUCCCUGUGCCUAACAGCCGCCAUUAUCCUGAAAUUUCAGACCGAUUCCUGAGCGCUCUAGAAGACUUCCCGGGCACGGUUCCCCAGGGAGUCCAAAGGUACCAGAGUGUGGAUUCUCACCAGCCCCUCCAAGAUCCAGUUGGACGCCCCGUCAUGCACCUAUCAGGUCUCAAACAUGCCACCGGGGAGGCCGAGUUUUGUGAUGACAUCCCCAUGGUGGAUAAAGAACUCCACAUGGCUUUAGUGACCAGUACCAGAGCCUAUGCAAAAAUCAUAUCAAUUGAUUUGUCCAAGGCCCUUGAAAUACCUGGGGUGGUUGAUGUGAUAACAGCGAAGGACAUUCCAGGCACCAAUGGCACCGAAGAUGACAAACUGUUGGCCGUAGAUGAGGUCCUCUGUGUGGGCCAGAUCAUCUGUGCUGUGGUUGCAGAAACAGAUGUACAGGCAAAACGUGCUAUUGAAAAGAUAAAGAUAACUUAUGAAGAGCUGGAGCCCAUAAUCUUCACCAUCGAGGAUGCCAUAAAACACAACUCAUUCCUGUGCCCUGAAAAAAAACUUGAACAAGGAAACAUCGAGGAGGCAUUUGAAAAAGUCGAUCAAAUUGUUGAAGGAGAGGUCCAUGUCGGAGGACAGGAGCAUUUUUACAUGGAAACACAGAGAGUGCUUGUUAUUCCAAAGACAGAGGACAAAGAACUGGACAUUUAUGUGUCAACACAGGAUCCAGCCCAUGUGCAGAAAACAGUGUCCUCUACUUUACACAUCCCCAUCAACAGGAUCACCUGUCACGUAAAGCGAGUGGGUGGAGGUUUUGGCGGGAAGAUAGGAAGACCGGCUGUCUUUGGGGCUAUUGCAGCUGUGGGUGCUCUCAAAACUGGUCACCCCAUUCGUCUUGUUCUUGAUCGUGAAGAUGAUAUGUUAAUAACUGGGGGAAGACACCCAUUAUUUGGAAAAUAUAAAGUGGGAUUCAUGAACAACGGGCGAAUCAAAGCUCUAGACAUCGAGUGCUUCAUUAACGGAGGGUGCACGUUGGAUGACUCAGAGCUGGUAACAGAAUUUCUUAUCCUGAAGCUGGAAAAUGCAUAUAAAAUCCGCAACCUCAGGUUCCGGGGCCGUGCAUGCCUGACAAAUUUACCAUCCAACACGGCCUUUCGAGGAUUUGGCUUCCCCCAAGGAACCCUGGUAACAGAAUCGUGCAUCACAGCUGUGGCAGCCAAAUGUGGCCUUCCGCCAGAAAAGAUUAGGGAGAAAAACAUGUACCAAACAGUUGAUAAAACCAUCUACAAACAAGCGUUCAACCCUGAGAGCCUGAUAAGGUGUUGGAACGAAUGCCUGGACACAUCUUCCUUUCACAACAGAAGAAUGCAAGUGGAAGAGUUCAAUAAGAAGAAUUACUGGAAGAAAAGAGGCAUUGCGGUGAUUCCCAUGAAAUUUUCAGUCGGCUUUGCUGCAACAAGCUACCAUCAGGCAGCUGCGCUGGUUCAUAUUUACACUGAUGGGUCUGUAUUGGUCACACAUGGAGGCAACGAACUGGGACAAGGUAUUCACACCAAAAUGCUACAGGUGGCCAGCCGUGAAUUAAAAAUACCCAUGUCUUACUUGCACAUCUGUGAAACAAGUACAGCCACUGUGCCUAAUACAAUCGCUACAGCAGCAUCCAUCGGAGCAGAUACCAAUGGCAGAGCCGUGCAGAACGCUUGUCAGAUCCUUCUGAAACGCCUUGAGCCCAUCAUUAAGAAAAAUCCAGAAGGUACCUGGGAAGAAUGGAUAGAAGCUGCUUUUGAACAAAGAAUCAGUCUUUCAGCUACUGGAUAUUUCAGGGGCUACAAGGCCUUCAUGGACUGGGAGAAGGGAGAGGGAGACCCUUUCCCCUACUAUGUCUAUGGAGCCGCCUGUUCCGAGGUUGAAAUUGACUGCUUGACAGGAGCUCACAAAAAAAUCAGAACGGACAUCGUCAUGGAUGCCUGCUGCAGUCUAAAUCCGGCCAUCGAUAUUGGGCAGAUUGAAGGUGCAUUUAUUCAGGGAAUGGGCCUUUAUACCACUGAAGAGCUGAAAUAUUCCCCAGAAGGUGUCCUGUACUCUCGAGGCCCAGAUGAGUACAAAAUUCCAACCAUCAGCGAUGUCCCAGAGGAGUUUAAUGUCUCCUUAUUGCCAUCAUCACAAACUCCACUAACCAUCUAUUCAUCCAAGGGCCUGGGGGAGUCUGGGAUGUUCCUGGGGUCAUCUGUGUUCUUUGCCAUCACUGAUGCUGUGGCUGCAGCUCGCAAAGAAAGAGACAUAGCUGAGGACUUCACAGUGAAGAGCCCAGCGACUCCAGAAUGGGUUCGAAUGGCCUGUGCAGAUCGGUUCACAGAGAUGAUUCCAAGAGAUGAUCCUAAGACAUUUAAACCCUGGUCGAUCACUGUGGCAUAACACUGUUGUCAAUGCCUUAAAGUGGUAAAGAAUCCGCCUGCCAAUGCAGGGAACAUGAGUUUCAUCUCUGGUCAGUGAAGAUCCCACAGCUUUGGACCAACUGAGCCCGUGUGUCACGACUACUGAGCCUGUGCUCUAGAGCUGGGAGCCGCACCUUGGGAAGCCCUCCCGCCUUGGAGCCCGUAUUCCGCGGCAAGAGAAGCCAAUGCAGGGAGAAGCCCAGCACAAUUGGAGAGCAACCCCACCUUUCCACAACUAGAGAAAGCCAGAGCACCAUGAAGGUCCAGCACAGCCAAAAAUAAAUAAGUAAUCUUUUUAAAAACCUCUGAUCUCAUUUUAUAUGAUCUCUCUGAUUCUUAUUUUAUAAAUGAAGACAUGGAGGGCAAGAGAAAAUAAGUAACUCCCUAAAUUAUUCAAAUCUGUGAAGCUUACAGUUCAUUUUGUCAACUACUUAUUGUUCUCUCCACAUACAAAAGUUGAGAUUUGUACCCCUUUAUAAUUAUUAUCUUUUCUUUUUUCCCAGGAGUUUCAGUUUUUCACAAGUGAAAAGAUGGUUUGUUAAUGCUAACUGGACUCCAAACUGAUAUUCUUGUAUUGUUGUGUGGGGGUGGAAGACACAAAAUUUAGAAAUAUUAUUCAGAUUUUACUAUAUUAAAAAGAUGAAUCAUUACCUCCAAAUUGUUGACUUAGACUUUCUAGCCUAAAGGCCGCCAAUCAAACACUGCACUUGUCACAGCAAGGAGCAUAACGGUUGAUUUUUUCUGAAGAUAUCAUGUAAAUAUUGCUAUGAAAGCAAAAUUUCCCUUUGUGUACCCACCCAAUCUAACUAAACUAGUAAUCCAGGUUACAGUUCUACAAUGAAAGAUACUUCUCAGCUGAAGAACAUGUGAUUAGUUUUCCCAGAGAUGUGUUUGAUUCAGUUGUAAGAACACCAUAAAAGUCCUUAAGGUUUUGUAUUAUUUUGUUUUUACUGUGGAGUAGCUAUGGGUCUGUGUAUGUGCAUUGAACAGCAAAGGAAUAUUUUCCUCAUGUAGGUCAGCUAUGCAACUGGUUAACAUUCUUUUGGAAUUUGGAAGGGAAAAUCAAUGUAAAAACAUUUUUAAUAUAUUAUCACAAAACCCUUUAUUUUUUUUAACUUGGUCAUGAAAAAGUAUUCACUCUGUUAUCAGUUUCAGAAAUGCUUAAUUGCUCAGUUUUCCAUAUAUAGAAGUAGGUGCCGUGGAGCUCGACCACAAAGAAGGUAAAAUGCCAAAGAAUUGAUGCCUUCAAACUGUGGUGCUAGAGAAGACUCUUGAAAGUCCCUUGGACAGCAAGGAGAUCAAACCAAUUAAUCUUAAGAGAAAUCAACCAUGAAUACUCAUUGGAAGGACUGAUGCUGAAGCUGAAGCUCCAGUAUUUUGCUCAUCUGAUGCAAACAGAUGACUCCUUGGAAAAGUCCUUGAUGCUGGGAAAGACUGAGGGCAGAAGGAGAGGAGGGUGACAGAGGAUGAGGUGACUGGAUGGCAUCACCGAUGCAAUGGACAUGAACUUGGGCAAACUUCCAGAGGUGGGAGGGACAGGGAGGCCUGGUGUGCUACACUCCAUGGGGUUGCAAAGAUUCAGACACGACUGGGUGACUGAACUACAAUGACAACAAUGUGGAGCAAAAGAAUCCUGAAUUGUAAUCACCUUUAUGCUGUAGUUAAAACAUGCAUAAUCCAUCAAAUUCCACUUACCUGCAUUUUAGGGGCCUUCAGAGAAGGAGAAACCAGCAUGUGAAUUAGGCCUCAUUUGACCAAAAAGUCGGAGGAUAAAAUGAUGCUCUGUCAACCAGAAGUCAUACCAUCAGGCUCACCAGUCAUCUGCAGUGACUCCUGGAGUGAAUGAAGGAGGGGAGGCUGAAAUGAGAGUGCUGGGGAAAGAAAGCAAAGAUUGGGCAUGUAGUCUAUUCUGAGGGUCGUUGAAGGCCAUGAGCACGUCUGAUUGAAGGGACUGGGGUGUGGCCUGUACAGUGGUGGGAGGCUCCACUGGGCCACAGGAGCCCAAGGGAGGAAGUGGGACAGGAGCACAGAGAAAAAGGAGACAGGAGCAGAAGGGUCAUGUGCAGGGCAUAAAUGAUGCAAGACUCUUGCACACUGGAGCAGCAAAGCUGGGAACUUAGUGGGUGUAGCCAGGGUGAAAUAAGUUGAAAGUAAUAAAGAAAAAAUGUUUUGGCUCUUGAAAAUAAAAUCCUUAACUGUGUAAUCUAA